AUGUCGGGAAUCAAAGUCGACGUAACUGCCGAUGAAGGCACAGAUGGUGAUAUUACAGCGCCUCGAGGUAACUAUUUACCCUUUUCUUCUCCGCCGCUCGUUGUGAAUACAACACAACAUGCGGCGACUUUGUUCGAGACCGACGAUCUUUUUGAGAGCGCGCGGGUUCACGCCACUCCGUUAGACUGCUGGGGGUUACCUUCCCACUGGAUCUCCCGCCACUCUGAACGCAGCCUCUCACCGUCCCCUCUCGCGUGUGCCGAAGUCGUCAUGUCCAACCCUCUCUUCGACAACGCUCCUGAGUAUGACUCGGAUCUGGACACACUUGCGGAUUUUGUGAUCGAGCCGACGACUGCACACAUUCCCCCUCCUCCCUCACCUCUCCCCAACACUUGCCUAUGCGGUCGGACUACUCGUGGCGAUGACGCCGACACUGACGAGCCGCUCUAUUGCUCCGAAGCGUGUGCGCGGCUCGAUGCCUUUCAUGCGCUUACUGCCCGCUCCCGUUCCAACUCUCUUGCGCCUACGCCUAUUACAACUGCCCCCGCCACCCCGCUCUUCCCCCAAGUACCGCUCCGAGAGUCCCUCGCUGGAUUAUUCAUCCGACCAGAUGCUGUUGCAACACCUCCCACCGUCUCUACUCCUCUGUCCGCGGUUUCAUCCUUCAUGUCUGUCGAUAGCAUACCCCUCCCGAUCGAGAUGAGCAGUCAUUAUCGUCGCGUCACUGCCAAACGGGAGCGCAUGGAGCGAGCUAGCGAAGAGCGAGAUCAGUCCAGGUCUCAUUCUCGCACUCACUCCAAGGCGCGUCCACUACUAGAGUUCGAGGAAGAUUGUCACGUGGAGACGCAUAUAGAGCGCCAGGUUGGGUCCGAUGGGGAAGAGCACGUCCCGACUCCUGCGGCGGUCCACGUACAUAUCGCGGUGAAUGUCCAAGUGGAGCACCAUGCGCCCGACAACCGACUUGACGCCGACCAGCUCUCACGAGCCUUGUCAGCUACUAUGCUUGGUCCUGCUUCUGGCAUAGCUUGGCACAACCCAUUUGCAGAUCAUCCUGUUUCAUCCUCAGCCAAGGAUUUAUCCAUCGCGCCUACCGAUACGUCUAAUUUCUACGAGCCUCCUUCCAGUGAUUUAAUUUCGAUUGCCGAAACCGAGGACUUCAGCCCCUUUGUCACUUAUGCUCCCAUCUCUGUGACCCCUUCUGGUAUGCCUUCACGCAAAUCUAGCGUCUGCUUUGCUGGAGUUGGUCCAGCUGGGCGCACUCUCUCCACUAGGUCUCGUGCUCAGUCUAACGCUCGGGUAUGCGAAGGUGCUGGUAAUCAUUUGUCGGAGAAGCCUCUUCCAUCAACCCCCGAGGACUCCCCUGCACUGUUCUCCACUGUGGGAUCAUCCAAGGCAGUUCCCGAAACGCCAAUUGAGCAUCGUGCAGAAUCGUCGGGGUCUACGGCAAUCGCCACAGAAUCCGCAGCCCUAGCGCCCGCCCUACAUUCUCCCGGUUUGAGCUUGGAUCUUCCGUCUCCCAUGCCUUCCUUUGACCUCACCUCCGAGUCGGGAACCCCAACCUCGUCCAUCCCCCCUGCAUCUCCUUCCAUGCCUAGCCACACCCAACAGGCCGAUUCAGACUCUCAGAUCACCCCACCGCGCUCGGCAACAUCACCCGCAUCCCAUCCAUCUUUUGGUAAUACUCCUGGGCGUUUCCCGGUUACUGCAUCCCGGCCUACUACGUCACCCCAAAGACGUAUUCCGCGUCGGCUGCAGACUCUCGACUGCUUACCAAGAGCGAAGAUCUUCUCUAUGGUAGUUGAUCCUGACUUGGAUGUACUCGCCGGAGAGGUUGAACCGCCAGCGUCGGCAGCCGCAUCACUUAAGCGCGUGGAUACUGCACCUGAGCUUAACACUGCGCGAGACGCGGCAAUCCAAUAUCCAUUCGCGGAUGCGGCAAUUUCAUCUGAACCCCUGCACAAGAACCGUCAGCUGUGCACCCGUGCCCGAGCCACCUCCACUCCCCGACGUCCAAAUCUUCCGCUUCGUCAGCGAACUUCGUCAACUCCCUCUCCUCCCAACGCAAUCCCACUUGGACAGAAGGUUCCGCGUCGCGCACGGAUGCAUCCACCACCUCCCACCCCUCCGGUUUCUCCUUCUCAGGUCAGCUCGCCGCGUCCGGCUGUUGGGCAAGACCCUGGCACCUGGCAAAGUUUUGGCGCGGUGUUUGACGCUUUGGGGUGGAAUACAGGAUCGGCUACCUCGAACAGGCUGUCUCGCCAAUUAAGUAUGGAUGAACUUGGAAUGGGGCUGCAUCGCCGUCAAGAGUCUGCAGAGAGUAGUGGAAGCAGUGCGACCGAUGUAUCGUGGUCCAGUAGCUCCGGUAAGUUUUUGCUCUUUAUCUUUUGGCCUGUGGCAACAAAUCUCACAGACCACGAUGUUGCUUUGACUACAGCCCCACUCUCGAGCUCGAGUGUAUACUCUUGGCCGGCAAACCCAGACGAGGCUGAAUCGUAUUCUCACGUGUCUGGGAUUCUUCGGGCACGGUCACCAGCAACGAGCAGCGUGCGUACUAUUGUUCCACCGCCUCGCAAAUCGAGCCUUGCCGGCGACGGGAGCGAUACGGAACAUAUAGGACUACAGCUAUGCCAUGCUCGCCGAAGUCGCCGCCAGUCGAGCCUUGCAGCUCUAGACAGCGUUCUCGCCAUGGAAGACGGCUUUUGGGAGCAAACCGUUAUGGUUCGCGACGCCGAUGACUCCCUUGACAACGAUGGGAUGGCGCCUGGCGUGCAGUUCAGAGGCGACGCUGGUGGAUUCGCGUUUCCGGCUACAAAGGACAAGCCGGCUUUCGAACCGGUCCUACGGAUCGCAGGGAUCUCCCGGCCACCAUCUACAGCCAACUUGAUGAACCCAGGCUCGGAUACCUCGGGCUCCAAGGUUGGCACUGCGCCUGCCCGACUGGAACACCUUGCGCCUCCCACGAUUGACUAUCAUGCACAUCGUGCAUCCGCGUCGCAGUUCCCGGUUUCGCCUUCGAUCGCUAGUGUUCGCCCUAGUCCUGAGAUUGAUACUGCACCUUCCCCAAUGCCCCCUCAAAUGUCUUCGACAAGUUUAUUUGACGUACCCAUGACGGCCUCGCCUAUUAUGGGCACACCUUCUCUUUCUCGAGGAUCUCCCGCUUUGCCUAAUGGAUCGCCUAUUUCGGCACAAUUCGCUUUACGUACGCCAGGCAGCCCGUACUUGGCAGUUCCCCUUGGGCCUUCAAGGCGCACUUCACGCUCGACAGACGCGUCCAGCGUUUUGUUACGGACGGCUAGUGCUGCGCGAUUGGCUGCUGCGCUCAACGCGGCUGAUGAUGAUGAAGACGCCUCCCCUCGUCGUGUUUUUGAAGAUCUCCCAUACGCGCGAUACAGUCCUGGUACUGGUCAUCGGUUACGUUUGCGUCGGUCCGGGUCCUUGGGGCGCUCAAGCUCCUUGAGCGGAUCUGGCUCUAGCAUGGGCCUUGGCCUUGCGCUAGGCGGCGUCGCUGAAUAUGACUCGCGUCGCUCGUCAUCCGAGCCUUGGAAUGGGAUUGUCCCUGGGUCCGUGAUUAUGCCUUCAGAGGCCCUUUCAAUGUCACGCUCAGGAUCACGGAUGAACCUAAGGGAUCCACCGGUACUAGCUGUCCCGGAGGAAGAGGAAGAACCUGAGGAAGACUACGGUCAAGUGGUACCCGCCUCCAAAUUCUCAAAUAUUGCCGUUUCUCCCGGGGAACUCUCCAUGGAAGAGGCUGGCGACGAAGCAUCUCCACUAAUUGACGCAUUCCCCCAUCCUAUGGGCGGCUAUUUCCCUGGUUCACGAUUUGCAUCUCGCGCCGGUACACCCGUCAAGGGCCUCCAUGGUUCCUCGUCGGGUCUAUCUUCACAAGUUACUGUGGGCAAUGCGAGACAAGAAAACAUGGAAGAACAAGAACCUUCCGACGACGAGGACGAAGAGAUUGUCACGACCGUGCAGCGCAUGCGUCACAGUAUGCAAUUACUCUCCACUGUUUAA